AUGUCGGAGAAGGCAGGGAGUCAGAGUGGGGGCUCCCCGGAGGCCAGUGGGGUAACUGUCAGCGACAUUCAGGAACUGAUACGGCGCAAGGAGGAGAUCGAGGCCCAGAUCAAAGCCAAUUAUGAAGUGCUGGAGAGCCAAAAAGGCAUCGGGAUGAACGAGCCACUGGUGGACUGUGAGGGCUACCCCCGGGCAGACGUGGACCUGUACCAAGUCCGAACCGCAAGGCACAACAUCGUCUGCCUGCAGAACGACCAUAAGGCAGUGAUGAAGCAGGUGGAAGAUGCCCUGCACCAGCUGCACGCUCACGACAAAGAGAAGCAGGCCCGGGACCUGGCCGAAGCCCACAGGGAGGCCCUGAGCCGCGGCCAGAGCCAGGGCCUCAGCCCUCCUCAGGCCUUCGCCAAAGUGAACAGCGUCAGCCCCGGCUCCCCCGCCAGCAUCGCAGGUCUGCAAGUGGAUGAUGAGAUUCUGGAGUUUGGCUCUGUGAACACCCAGAACUUCCAGUCACUGCAGAACAUCGGCAGUGUGGUCCAGCACAGUGAGGGGAAGCCCCUGAAUGUGACAGUGAUGCGCAGAGGGGAGAAACACCAGCUUAGACUCGUGCCAACACGCUGGGCAGGAAAAGGACUGCUGGGCUGCAGCAUUAUUCCAUUGCAAAGAUGA